CUCCAUCAUUUUUUGUCAUAUUCAAGAUCGAAAAACAAGAGAGGGAGAGAGGUGUUGAUGCGUACCUAAUUAUCGUGACUCCUGAACAUUACAGAUUGAUAUCAAUUGAUGGUAUCAAACCUAGGCUAUAAAUUAGUUUCAAAUAAAAAAAAAAACCAUCAAAUAGGAGAAAAUGAGGGCAGCCUUAGAGAUCGUUGAUGAUAGCCGUGGUAUCAGAAGGUUUAGUACAGAAGUCUCAGAACAUGCUGUGUAUGCCUUCUUCAUCACAUCACUGAUUGGCCUUCUCCAACUGAAGUAUCAGAACAAAGAUGUGUCUCCUUUAGAAACACAUCCCACAACCAUGAAGACUUUUAUCAUAACAUUGUCUAUCUACUGUUCAACAUUAGCAGCUAAAGUGAUAGACCAACCUCAUCAUCUGAACUACUCUCAGUUAUUUGGCUGUCUUAGCCCUAUAUUUGGAGCUCUAUCUUCAAUUUCACUGCUGUCAAUCUUUCUCCCACACUGGUUUUGUUGGCUUAUCUUCAUUCUAUGGGCCUUAAUGCCUAUAAUUGCAUCGAGGUACAUUCUUAAUCAUAUAUAUCAGUAUUUCUAUCGGAGGAUCAUUAAUGCAGUUCCCAACGUAUUGGAAAUAUUGGGAAGACCUAUGGGACGUAAUUUGAUGGAUCUACAACGUUUUCUCGUUUGACUCUCUAUACCGUCAAACCAAUUUCUCGUCAUUUUCUAUGAUCUACAAGUUGUGGCAAUAUCUGUUAAGUUUUGAUGCUGUUAUCAAAAGCCCUAUAGGGUUUGUUGUUUAACAAUAGCCCUAGAAGGAUAUGUGCUUAUUUUGGCAAUGUACUCUUUAAGAUUACAUGAAAAC